GAACCGUCAGCAUGGCCGUGGAGGUGAGUACUAGCGCUUCGCCCACGCCGGCUCAACCGGAGCGACAACCAUUCUCAUCACUGGAGCUGUCCGAGCCUACGACGAAGGCAAUUGCGGAAAUGGGAUUUACGACGAUGACGCCUGUACAGGCUAAAGCGAUACCUCCUUUACUUGCAGGGAAGGACGUGCUUGGCGCUGCGAGGACUGGUUCGGGGAAGACACUUGCGUUCCUCGUGCCUGCUGUUGAGCUGUUGCAUAGGUUGAAGUUCAAGCCAAGGAACGGCACAGGCAUUAUCAUACUCUCACCAACACGGGAACUCGCACUGCAAAUAUUCGGCGUCGCAAAAGAACUCAUGGCGUACCAUUCUCAGACAUUCGGUAUUGUCAUCGGUGGAGCGAAUCGAAAGGCUGAGGCAGAGAAGCUUGUGAAGGGUGUGAACUUGGUUGUUGCGACUCCUGGAAGACUGCUUGAUCAUUUGGAGAAUACGAAAGGAUUUGUGUUCCGAAACUUGAAGGCUUUGGUUAUUGAUGAGGCGGACCGGAUCCUUGAGAUUGGAUUUGAAGAGGAGAUGAAGAAGAUUAUUAGCAUUUUACCGAAUGAAAAUCGACAGUCCAUGCUCUUUUCUGCGACGCAGACCACAAAAGUCCAGGACCUUGCUCGAAUAUCGCUUCGUCCCGGUCCUUUACAUAUUGACGUCGACAAGGAAGAAGAGACGAGCACUGUGUCUACGUUAUCGCAGGGCUAUGUCGUUUGCCCUUCUGAUAGGCGGUUCCUACUGCUAUUCACGUUCCUCAAGAAGAACCUCAAGAAGAAGGUUAUUGUGUUCUUCUCGAGUUGUAACUCAGUCAAAUAUCAUGCGGAACUCCUGAACUACAUUGAUGUACCAGUGUUGGAUCUUCAUGGUAAACAAAAACAACAGAAGCGCACAAACACGUUCUUCGAAUUUUGCAAUGCCACUUCCGGUAUCUUGCUCUGUACCGACGUCGGCGCACGAGGUCUUGAUAUUCCGAAGGUUGACUGGAUCAUUCAGUUUGACCCGCCUGAUGAUCCUCGUGAUUACAUCCAUCGCGUCGGUCGGACGGCUAGAGCGGGAAAGGCAGGGAAGAGUUUGCUGUUCUUGUUGGAAAGUGAACUUGGGUUCUUGCGAUACCUGAAGGAAGCGAAAGUGCCCUUGAACGAGUUUACGUUCCCUGCUGAGCGGAUAGCUAACGUCCAGAGUCAGCUCGAAAAACUUUUGCAAAAGAACUACUUCCUUCACCAAUCUGCUCGCGACGGAUAUCGGUCGUACCUGCAGUCGUAUGCAUCACAUUCACUCAAGAAGAUAUUUGAUGUGAAUGCUCUAGACCUUGUGAAAGUCGGACGAGCAUUCGGCUUCUCUGUACCCCCUCGAGUCAAUAUUACCGUCGGAGGUGGUAAGAGCGGAAACAAAUCGAGCAGGAAACGAAGCAGAGGCGAGGAUGAUGAAGACGAGGAUGAGAAUGAAUGGGAGGACGAGGAUGGUGCGGAAGAGUAUCCAGGGGGCGAUAGGAGACAGGGCAAGGCACGGAGAGUAGAGACUAUGGGCAGGAAGAAAGUGCAGAAGGAGGUGUUUAAGAAGAGUAGGGAGCGGAAAGCUGGGAAUUGGAGUCGAUAG